AUGUCCUGGUUCCCUUCGUCGCCGCCACCGCCAAAGUCAACGGACGACGCGACGUUGUCGUCGUCUGGAUUCUCGGAGAGUAUUCCGGAAUAUGACGUUCCGGAGACUACCAAGGGGGCUGUUGAUACGCUCCACGACGCCGCGGCGCCCGAAACCCCCCCGGCCCCCAAGAUUCGUACCCUCGAGGACUUGCGGCGCCUGAACCGCCGCGCCACCCAGAACGGGAUGUACGCUGGCGUGUUUGGUGGCGGCGUACUUGGACCGCGGGGAUAA